AGUAGGCGGAGAGUCGCUGCGAACUGGACCGCUGCUCCUGCCUCCCGUCCCCGGGACAUCCAUUCAUCCACCCGGUUAAACGCUCCAUCUCUCCUGCUGACAUUGCUACAAUAUGUGAAAGACAACCAGUGGGGGGUUCGAAGAGCUGCUGGUGCUGUAGUUCUUUGGGGAAUUGAACGGGAGACGAGCAGGAAACUACAAAGGGAGAUCCCAAACUUACUGCAACGGCGGAUACAAUGAGCAGCCUCAGCCUCACUCUCCAGGUGCUGCUACUGUGCGGACUCCUCAGGGCGCAGCAGCAGCAACAGCAGCUGCUGCCCGGAUCCUGCAACUUCGAGCUGGGCACCUGUGGCUACACAUCAGACCCAGAGUAUGGCAGCUGGAGCAUGAAUGAAGAAGGGCAUUUGAUAACAGUGGACUCAGCCUCCUUACAAGAACAAGAGCAGGCGGUUCUUGUCAGUCCAGUUCUGGACCACCAGGAAUGGAGCUGUGUGAGGCUGGUGUACCAGAUCACCGGACAAGGUUCCCUGCAGCUCCACCUCAGACCAGACAGCGAUAACUUUGACUACCGGCUCUGGACUGCCGACAAGGCCUCCGACAGCUGGCUCAUUGCUAGUGUGGACCUCCCCAACACCACAAUCCCCUACCAGGUUUUGCUGGAAGGUCGACCUGAACGUGGCUCAGGGAACAGCGUGGCCAUCUUUGAAAUUCACAUUGUUCCUGGUUACUGCAUAGAGUGUAACUUUGAGGAGCAUCACCUGUGUGGUUACAGUAACAGCUGGAACCCAAAUGUCAACUGGUACGUAGGGGGGAGUAUGGCUACAGAGUCUAAUCUGCUUGUAAACCACACCAACCAGCGAGGCCACCACAUGUAUGUGGACUCUGUGUAUGCCAAGCACUUCCAGGAAGUGGCCAAGCUGACCUCACCCAUGACUACGGUGCCCAUGGCUGGCUGCCUGUCCUUCUACUACCACCGAGACCAGGAGAGGGGAAACAUCUUUUCAGUUUUCACCCGAGACCAGCUGGGCCACUAUGAGGAGAUCUGGAGGCCGGAGGUGUACGCUACCGCCGGAUGGACUCUGGUCAGCGUUGACAUCAAGGCCCCACACCCCCUGGAGGUGGUGUUUGAGGUGGCUUUCAACAGUGCCAGAGGUGGAUACGUGGCCAUAGAUGAUAUCACCUUUUCCCCUGAAUUCUGCCACACAGACACAGAGCCGACCAUUGACCCCUCCAUAGCCAACUGUGACUUUGAGAAUGGGCUGUGUCUGUACUAUCAGGAGAGAGCAGAGAGUAAGGAGUGGAGCAGGAUUUCAGUGAAGCCCAAUGCCUACAGGAUAGGAGACCAUACCACAGGAUCAGGCUGUUUCCUCCUGGCAAACACUCGUUUCACUUCAAAGCCUGGUUAUAUGGGUCGGCUUCAUGGUCCCUUUUUACCGGGGAACCACAAAUACUGCCUGAGGUUCUUCUACCUGCUUCAUGGCUUUAGGAAAGUAGACAACGCUCUUGUUCUUUACAUUUAUGAUGAGAACAAUGUGGCCCAGGAGAAGGUGUGGGGCCUGGCUGACACUUCCAGGUCUGUAUGGACUGAGGUGGAGAUCACCUACACGAAGCCCAUGGUUUCCAAGUUUGUGUUUGUCAGCAUAUGUACGAACUUCUGGGAAUGUGGCCUGGUGGGCAUAGAUGACAUCACUGUCACCCUGGGGGACUGUCAGAUCACAGCAGGCUCCCUCCCAGGCCAGUGUAACUUUGAAAGCGGAAUCUGUGGCUACAUCCAGGAUAAGAAAGAGGACAAAGCCGACUGGCUGCGAGUCCGAGGACACACCCCCACCUCCUAUACAGGACCCAGAGGAGACCACACUACUGGGGUGGGUUACUUCAUGUACAUCGAGGCAUCGCUUAUGCGGCCGGGUCACAAGGCUCGACUGCUGACCUCUGACCUGCGGGGCUCCUCGUCCCCUCAGUGUUUGAUCUUCUACUACCACAUGUACGGGUCUGGCACCGGGAUACUGAGCGUGCUCUUGCGCCACGGCAGCGUAGAGCGGGACACGCUGCUUUGGAGACUGCGCGGCGAGCAGAGCGUCAGCUGGAUGAGGGCCAUGGUGGACUACCACUGCGAUGUCCGACACCAGAUUAUAUUUGAAGCCAUCCGAGGCCCAUCACUAAGAAGUGAUAUUGCUAUUGAUGACAUCCGUUUUAAAAGGGGACCGUGUGAAGAUCCUGGUGACAUCACUCCAUACUCUGGCUCCUCAGAGUAUUUCAAUGAGAUUGAGAACUGAGACUGGCGGGAGAGUCUUUCUGUAUAAACGCUUGGUAGUUUUGGCUGGUUGGGCUGGGGGCUGGGUGGCUUUCAGAAGUAUGAAUGUGAACAAUCCACCAUGACAAUUUACAACAUUGUAGAGCAAUGCUUAUGUUGCAGCUGCAACCUCCACCACACUGUACUGCUGUCUUCCUCAAUGUCAGUGUUUGUGCUUUCAGUGUCUGAUGCCAGAUGAUGGAAUUGUAUAAUGUGCUGGGGAACGGUCGUCAACAUUCAUACAUCUCACGUCUCAGUCUUGUGACAUUCAAUCAAACAACCACAAUCCAGUGUUAAGGCCUGUUGACACUUUGCACAAGAAGUAUUUGAAAUAUUUGCCAGGUAUGCCACAAGUCAAUGAUAAAAGGCGCUUUCCUUCAGUGGUCAGGUAUAGUGAGGUCAUUUACAAAUGCAUCCUCCUGAAAGGAAACCCAGCACUGUGGAGGCCAAACACAUUCUGAGUUUUCCUCUAAAUAUAAAUAUUUCACUGUCUAGGGUGAUAAUAUUUUACAUAUUAAGGCUCCAGAGUGUAGGAUAUAGUGGAAUCUAGUGGUGUAGAUUGCGACUCCCUCGCUUCCCCCUCCCAUUCAAAGCACAAAGGAGAAACUACGGUAGCUGGAAAAUACACACAAAAAAGUGUUUUGUUUGUCAGUUCUGGGAUACUGUAGAAACAUGUUGUCUGUAGAUGUAAAAGGCUCAUUCUUUGGUAACAAAAUCAUAACAAUUCCUAUUUUCAGGUCAGUAAGGUAUACAUGUACAUAUACAUAUACAUAUACACACAUAUAUACAUAGGCUGCAUAUAUAUAAAAAUACACUAAUGAAAGCAUAUAUUACAUACAUUACAUACUUAUGAAUAUAAUAUUAAAUUUCUACCAAUAGAUCCUCGGCAGACCUUUGACAUUGGAACGGUAGUACUGGGAAAGAGUUGCAAGACAACUUAAACCGACAACUGAAAAUUGAAUUGUUCUGUAAUUGUUACCUUACCUCGCCUUCCAUGGAGUCUGCCAUGUUGAACCGCCAAGUUUCUACAGGAACCCAGAACACUGGCUCUAGACAGGCCUGUUCGUGUACUUGAGUGAGUUACAAUCUGCAACUACACCGUUAAAUGUCACUAAAUCCUCCACGCUGGUCCUUUAAACUUAGUCUUAACAUAAUUUCUGACACUGUGCUCGCGUUUAAUUAAAAAAAGAUACCAAGCAUAAAACCCUUCCCUUCCACAGGUUCUAAAAAGCCCAUUUGUAACUUACACACCUGUGAUGUAUGAAUCUCAAAUUAACUUAAAUUUGACAGCACCUGCCUCACACCUUUAGCUGAUCAUUCAUACAUUGUUCAUAAAGCUAAUGCACCACAGACGUGGGUGCUUCUUGGGUAAGAGAUAAGAUCAUUUCUAUGUCAAAGUAAAAGUUAUAACUCCUUAUCCUAAUAACACUGCUUAUCUGGUUAUCAUGGCUCCUGUCAGUGGGUGGGAUAUAUUGGACAGCAACAGAACAUUUUAUCCUCAGAGUUGAUGUGUUAGAAGCAGGAAAAAUGGGCAGCGACUGACCAAGGGCCACAUUGUGAUGGCUAGACGACUGGGUCAGAGCAUCUCCAAACCUGCAGCUCUUGUUGGGUGUUCCCGGUCUGCAGAGGUCAGUAUCUAUCAAAAGUGCUCCAAGGAAGGAAAAGAAGGGCCAAGGCUCAUUGAUGCACGUGGGGAGUGAAGGCUGGCCCGUGUGGUCCAACAGACGAGCUACUGUAGCUCACACUGCUGAAACAGUUAAUGCUGGUUCUGAUAGAAAGGGGUCAGAACACACAGUGCAGAGCAGUCUGUUGGUAUGGGGCUGCAGAACAUUAUUGACAGAAUAAAACAGAAUGUUAUGGCUGAUCGCUGUAUAUCAGGCUUUGGGUUAACACAAUGCUAGUUAGUAGAUACAUUCAUCGUUGGUUUGGAUAUUUUUAAGGAAAUCUUUUGACAAGAAGAUAUUGCCAACCUUAUCCUAUAAAGUACACACAAUUAACAUAAAGGCAUUCAUGAAUUGGAUGUUUGAUAUUUAAUUGCUUUCCAAAGAGAACUGAUGGAAAAGUCAGAUAAUCAACCUUUCAGCUCAGGGAGGUCGUGGCCCACCUUACUGGAGCCUUCUCUGUGGGAACUGGAAAAGGGCAUGGAAGAAAAAAAGGGCUGAAAUAAAAUAUCUUUGCAUAGUGGCACUGGGCCUUGACUGCUGCCGUAGUUCGUCUAGGAGGAAACAAACACACACAACAUCACAACAACAUUAACAAUGAGCAAUACACUUUUCUCCUGCCGGCAAACCUCAGCUUCUGCGGCAAAAGCAUUGGACAUUCAAUCUGAGAAAUUAGAUCUUGUAAACCUUUUUUUUUUUUAAUAAUAAUACUUUUCCACUGUUGCACUGUUUGUUCAUUAGCUCUGCUCUGUAUAUAUUUGUUUAUAUAGUGUUUGAAUUUAGAAAUGGAUGCUUAGCUAUGGACAAGUUUCAAGUUUGAAUGCCAAUACAUACAAUUCUGCUGAUACUUCCUACAUAUCUCAUCUCAUCUCAUAUAAUAAGGCUGUUUUGGUUAUUUGUUGGUCAGAUUUUGCUCCACUGUGAGUCCAGAUUCAGUCUUCAAUCACUACCUUGGCCAGGGGUGGCCAACCAGUCAGGCAUGAAGAGCUUAACAACCCCCACAUUGUUGCAUUUUGACUUAUUAUAAAUACAUUUUGAAAUGUAAAUCAUUAGUAUCUUUUCAAGGUAUGGAUUCAGUAAGGUGCUGGAAACCUUCCCUAGAGGUUUGAUCCAUGCUGACUCAUUAGCAUCACACAGUUCCUACUACUACUACUACUACUACUACUACACAGUAGAACAUGAGACAGAUAAUCUGUGAAACAAUCAGGUUCCUCUGGCUCCUCCUAGAGCUCCUAAUGGCAUUUACAAGAAUCCACCGGGCCUGCACCAAAACAACCAAUCAGCUGUUGUAGCCUACAACGAUAGCUAACGUGGUAAAUUUAGCAUAGUGUUCAUUUCCACAGCUAAUAAUAAUAAUAAUAAUAAUAAUAAUAAUAACUUUUUUCAUCCUCUCAUUAAUCCCAGUUGUACUCCAUCAACAAAACUCAACAUUUCCUGAAAUGUUCGAGCGGAACUCUUGAGUUUCUUUCUUGGUAGCUUCACGUCGUUAGGGUAAAAAGACAGAGUGGAAUACCUGACAUGACUCUGUUUGUGCAUUGAUGGAAUUAAGGCUGUGGAAAUGGACAUUAUAUCAAAUUUACCAAGAUGACAGGUAAACAUGUAGGAGGUUUUAAGUUAGCAUUAACUGGGGAACAGGGGAAAUUAGAAAUAAAGCCCUGGUCCUCUCCGCCCCUGAGGUAAAUAAAGGCCCUGGCGACCGUUUGACAAUUUCCGGUAUAUAUCUCAUCUUUCCCACAAGGAACUGGAACACAUGGUCGGAAGGGACACCAGACUUCUUUGCUAAGCCUCCUGUCACUGUGACCUGGUCUGGGAAAGCGUGCGAUUGGAUGGAUGGAACCUGGGAGCUUGUUUAAAAUCUGCAUGACAUCUUUUGGAAUGUCUGUUAGGACACUUAGACCCAGGUUGCAAUAAACUAUCCAACAGUAA